GGCUAAAGCCUGGGGUUUGCAGUCCCAAUGCUCAGCGCCCAAGUGACUGCUGGGUGGAGCAGACAGCUCCCUUGAACACCUUCUGACAUCGUAAAAAACCCAGUGUGUCAACCCUCCUGUGGCAGAAGUGGUGCCAUCAAGAGUUUGGUGCUUUGCUGAAGAAAGAGGGGAUGGUGCCCAUCACAGACCAAAUACUGAAGGUGCUGAGACUUGAGAAGACCUCCUUCCGCACCUAUGCCAUCUCUGCUCUCCUCCUGUCCCUGCUUUUCAUUUUUUUCCGCUUCCUUGUGAAGGUCUUCCAAAUAUGCCAUAAAUUUCACAUCACCUGCCAACGGUUACGCUGCUUCCCUCAGCCCCCCGGGAGGAAUUGGCUCUUGGGCCAUCUGGGUAUGUACCUGCCCAAUGAGUCGGGCCUCCGAGAUGAAAUGAAGGUCCUCGACACAUUACGCCAUGUUGUCCUUGUCUGGAUAGGGCCCUUCCUGCCCCUGGUGGUCCUGGUGCAUCCUGACUACAUCAAACCCCUUCUGGGAGCUUCAGCGGCCAUUGCUCCAAAGGACAAGCUCUUCUAUGGCUUUCUGACACCCUGGCUGGGAGAUGGGCUGUUGCUGAGCAAAGGAGAAAAAUGGAGCCGCCACCGACGCCUGUUGACUCCAGCUUUUCAUUUUGAUAUCCUCAAACCUUACAUGAAGAUCUACAACCAAUGUACAGACAUCAUGCAUGCCAAGUGGCAUCGUCUGACUGCUGGGGCCACCGCCUCUCUGGACAUGUUUGAACAUGUUAGCCUCUUGACCUUGGAUAGUUUACAGAAAUGUGUUUUCAGCUAUAACAGUGACUGCCAGGAGAAGAAUAGUGACUACAUCACUGCCAUCAUUGAGCUGAGCGCCUUGGUAGUGAAGCGCCAGUAUCGUAUCCACCACCAUCUGGACUUCAUUUACUACCGGACAGCAGAUGGGCGGCGCUUUAAGAAGGCUUGUGACAUUGUGCAUCGAUUCACCACUGAGGUUAUCCAGGAAAGGAGGCAGGCCCUUAACCAGCAGGGGGCAGAGGCCUGGCUCAAGUCCAAGCAAGGCAAGACUCUGGACUUCAUUGAUGUGCUAUUGCUCGCCCAGGAUGAAGAUGGGAAGCAGCUGUCAGAUGAGGACAUCCGAGCAGAAGCUGAUACCUUCAUGUUUGAGGGACAUGACACCACAUCCAGUGGUCUCUCUUGGGUGUUAUUUAACUUAGCCCGAUACCCUGAAUAUCAGGAUAAGUGCCGAGAGGAGAUCCAAGAGAUCAUGAAAGGGCGGGAAACAGACGAGAUUGAGUGGGAUGAUCUGGCCCAGAUGCCCUUCAUCACCAUGUGCAUCAAGGAGAGUCUUCGCCUCUUCCCUCCUGUCACCCUAAUUUCACGCCGAUGCACUGAGGACAUCAAGAUGCCUGAUGGACGUGUCAUCCCCAAAGGAAUUAUUUGCCUGGUCAGCAUUUAUGGGACUCACUAUAAUCCUAGUGUGUGGCCUGAUUCCAAGGUAUUCAAUCCCUACCGCUUUGACCCUGAGAAUUCCCAGCAGAGAUCGCCGCUGGCCUUCAUCCCCUUCUCAGCUGGACCCAGAAAUUGCAUUGGUCAGAGUUUUGCCAUGUCUGAGAUGAAGGUGGUUGUUGCGUUGACCUUACUUCGGUUCCGGCUCUCGGUGGACAGGACCAAGAAGGUGCGUCGGAAGCCUGAAUUGAUCCUGAGGACCGAGAAUGGGAUUUGGCUAAACGUGGAGCCAUUGUCUGGCCAGACUACAGCGACUCCUAUGGCCCAGCCCCAGCAAUGAACCCGAUUCAGUGUAGAGACUGGUGGAGGGUGUGGGAUACAACAAUGGGAGAUGAGGGCCAGAAGUCCUGAGGUCUGGAGCUGAGUAAAUCCCUCCCUUCCCCUUCUAUUUGUCUCUCCGUGCGCUGGAGGCAGAUGUCUGAUAACCCGGUCCCCGGGACACUAUCGCCCUUGGACACCCAAGGGUACCCCCUUUGUCCUCUCUCUUACUCCCUGGAGCUGAUCUUGAGAGAACAACCUGAGGGGUUGUUAGAAGUGGGGACCAGGGACGGGGCAGCGGCUUCCAAAUACUCUCUGCUUUUUUGUGGAGGCUGUUCUCCUCCCUCUUGGCUGUUGGGUUUGCUCUCUGGGAGAGGAUUGGACUUCCUCAGUUGUUUUCAUUUUUAUUUUGUUUUUUUAAGACAAAAGAAAAAAGAAAGAAAAAAAGAAAAUCAAAAACUUUCA